UCUCCGUCUGUAAAGCACAACCGGGACCAGCGUCGAUCAAGCCGCGCGGGUGAGAGAGAGGGGAACCAGUGGUGGAAGUCGCGGCUUUUAUCGCCAUCGACGUCGUCUUGGGUUGUGAUGGUCGGCGAGGACGAGGAGCUGAAGGAGGCGUUCGACGUGUUCGAUGUGAACGGGGAUGGGUUCAUCACGGUGGAGGAGCUGGGGUCGGUGCUGAGCUCGAUGGGGCUGAAGCGGCGCGCCAGCCGGACGCAGCUGGCCCAGAUGAUCGGAACCGUCGACGCCGACGGCGACGGCAGGGUGAGCUUGGCUGAGUUCCAGCAGAUGAUGAAGGCAGGUGCUGCUGGCAUCUCGCCCCUCGCUUGAAAUCAACGCCUCCGCCUUUUUCUCUUUGUAAAUAGUUUAGUUUAGACGAAGCCACCAUUCCACUUUUCCCUACGAGUACAAAGAAAAUUUGCUUCUUCGGCUCUAAGUUGAUUAUUUUUCUUGCAA